UAAUUCUUCUAUUUUACAUGGAAUUAUUUGAACUAUUGGAUGAUGUGAAGUUCUUGACCAUAAACAUAAAUAGUUCCCUACCCUUUUUGGUCAUAUAGAAAAUAUAUUCCUUGUGACUAUGUUUUUAAUUUGUUUAUAUAAGAAAAUUUUAUUUUAUGAGCAUCGAGAAUAAAUGUUACACAUAUGCUUAUACCCUAAGAAUAUUCCAUUUUAGUAACCCUGCCAAAAAAAAAUUACUCACCGGAGGCGGAGGCCAUGAAGAUUGACUAUUCAUACUUCACAGGGAGGGUGGUGAUAUUAUAUGAACUCCAGGGAGGUCGGUCAUAUUUUUUGAAAAGUUGCAGGUGUGUUUUUGAUAUUUACACCUUGCUAGACAAGUCUAUAUAGGAAGGCAAGUCCCCGCUUUCGUACUAGAGCUCAAAGACUUUCUCUGAUUAGCGUCUUCUGCUCGCUCGAUCACUUCAAUGGCGGCAGCGUCCGUGAAACCCGCACUUCUUUUGAAAGAUGAGCUCGAUAUCGUGAUACCCACGAUCCGGAACCUGGAUUUUCUGGAGAUGUGGAGGCCCUUUUUUGAGCCAUACCAUCUGAUCAUUGUUCAAGAUGGUGAUCCAUCGAAGACCAUCAAGGUCCCGGAAGGAUUCGACUACGAGCUCUACAACCGCAACGACAUCAACAGGAUUCUGGGUCCCAAGGCCUCUUGUAUCUCCUUCAAGGACUCUGCUUGUCGCUGCUUUGGCUACAUGGUCUCCAAGAAGAAGUACAUCUUUACCAUCGACGACGAUUGCUUCGUUGCCAAAGACCCAUCUGGCAAAGAUAUCAAUGCGCUUGAGCAGCACAUAAAGAACCUCCUCACUCCAUCAACUCCAUUUUUCUUUAACACUCUUUAUGAUCCAUACAGAGAUGGUGCAGACUUUGUCCGUGGGUAUCCUUUCAGUCUCCGUGAGGGUGUUCCCACUGCUGUUUCUCAUGGUCUCUGGCUCAACAUCCCUGAUUAUGAUGCUCCCACCCAGCUUGUCAAACCCCGUGAGCGAAACACCAGGUAUGUAGAUGCUGUUUUGACAGUUCCAAAGGGUACCUUGUUCCCCAUGUGUGGUAUGAAUCUGGCAUUCAACCGUGAACUGAUUGGACCUGCAAUGUACUUUGGACUCAUGGGUGAUGGUCAGCCAAUUGGCCGUUAUGAUGAUAUGUGGGCUGGCUGGUGCAUGAAGGUGAUAUGUGACCAUUUGGGAUGGGGUGUCAAGACUGGUCUGCCCUACAUAUGGCACAGCAAAGCAAGCAAUCCAUUUGUUAACCUCAAAAAGGAGUACAGUGGCAUCUACUGGCAAGAAGAGCUGAUCCCAUUCUUCCAAGCCGCAACACUUCCAAAGGAAUGCACCACUGUUCAACAAUGCUACCUUGAACUCUCCAAACAGGUCAAGGCUAAGCUUGAGAAGGUUGAUCCAUACUUCGUUAAGCUAGCAGAUGCCAUGAUCACAUGGAUCGAAGCUUGGGAUGAGCUCAACCCAUCUGCUGGAGAUUCUGCUAACCUGACCAACGGUUCUGCCAAGUAGAGACGCAUCUUUGACCGGCAGUUACUUUCCUUCCCCUUAGCUUUUCAAACCCAGUAGCUGCUUAACUGCUGUAACUUUGAUUAUUACUAUUCAAUUCUCUGGUGUUUCAAAUUUUUUCUUCCACGAGCAUUUUUAUUUUGGCAUUUGGGGAUGUAAUCUAUUUAUACUAUCUUGUUAGAGCAAUAAAGGAGAUGGGAUUUGAAA